AACCAACCCACACAAACUCCCAAAGCCAUUGCCCUCCUCACAACCCGCACUCUUUCCCUCCGCCAAAGACCGGUGGUUGAGGCGUCACGGCAAGCGCGAAGCGCGAAGCGCGAAGCACAGCGGAAACGGGAGCGCCAUGGCCGGGAGCGCGAGGUCGGCGGCCGCGAAGCACGCGUACCGGAUGUUCACGCCGUCCCGGAGCGCGGCGUCGCGGGGCAGCCCCGGCAGCGCGGCGGACGAGUUCGACGAGUCGGACGUCUGGGGCUCGUUCGGCGGGGCGGACUCCGGCCCCGCGGACCUCGCGCGCGCCCGCACGAUCCCGUCGUCCGCCCGCGCCAGCGGCCGGAAGAAGCCGCUGGACCAUGCCCAUGCCGGCCCCGGCGCCGGCGCCGUGCCCGGGUCGCUGCCGAUGAGCAUCCCGGACUGGCAGAAGAUCCUGGGGGCCGAGUACAGGGACCACCACGCCGGCGAGUGGGAGCUCUACGGCGACGACGACGACGACUACGGCAAGGUGGGCUCCGGCUGCCGGAGCGGCUCCGUGGUGCCGCCGCACGAGCUGGCGUGGCGCAGCCGCGCCGCGUCCCUGUCGGUGCACGAGGGGGUCGGCAGGACGCUCAAGGGGCGCGACCUCAGCCGCGUCCGCGACGCCGUCUGGAAGAGGACCGGCUUCGAGGACUGACCCGAGAGCAUGCAUGGCAUCGGCAUGGCUCGAUCUCCGGCUGCUGGUCCGCAGUAUAGGCUCGAAGCGAGAUCAUUACUAAUUGUUUCGCUCGUUUCGGGCCCUCCUUUUUGGCAUGCGUAGCAAAAACAGACCGUGGUAGCGAAGACAUGCGAUCCUGACAGAAGGAGAGCGGGUGGGUGUUCGUUCGUUCGUUCAUGGCGUGACAAAUUUCAGGGGCACCUGGAGGAAAAGGUUGGUUGGUCAGGCGUCGGCGUGCGUAUUUUAUUUCUUUCUUUUGUGUAGUAUGUGUAGCUUUUUGCAGUGGGCUGUACUGCUGUUUUUGGGCGAAGUUGCUGAACAGAGAAGAAAUGCUUGCCUUUGCCAUCCCGAUCUCAUGAUACAGGAGCAUAAAUGGUAAAAGAAAUUGCUUUCGGUUGAGCGUUA